AUGAAUCGCAAGAGAGGAGAAUUUCAGGGAUUAGUCACUGGAAAAGAUAAAGAAAAAACGAUGAUUGUCAAUGAUAUGCCUAACCUUGAAGAGAUUCAGAGGUUUUCUAAUCUCAUCUCAAACCAGCCGAUUUCUAUAAGUUCUAUCUACUAUAGACUCUUCGAAAAUAUUGAGAAUCACAAAGUUCCAAGCUACACUAUUCCUCCAUAUCAACAAAUAAGCAAGCUUUCACCACAAACACCUUUAAAUAAAAGAAGAUGUAUCCUUGGUCUAGAAAAGUUAAAAGACCAAGUGAAUGACACCCCGGUGUUUAGCAGCUGCUUAACCUCAUUAUCAAAGGAUCUACAAAAGAGGAGUUUCAAAUCUAUGAAAACUAAGGCUUGCCAUCAAACCAGAAGUUCAAGUAAUGUAUUGAAAGACAUUACUAAUACAGCACAUCUGAGGAAAAAACAACGCAGUUCAUCAUCAGAUAACUUCGAUGCGUCAGCUCAGUCCAUAGAAGAAGAAGAUGGACUGGUCGGAACUGAUUUGUUUGGAGGGAUCAUUGAUACAGAUAGCCAGCAAGUCUUUGAAUGUUCUUCUCUAGAGAAUACUGAUACAGAAAAUGAAGACUCUGAUUUAGAUGAUCCUAUGGAUUUUGAGCCAGAGGUUGAGCCAAACGAUAGAGAGAGAGUGGCAUUGGAAUCGGCUCACACUGUUGGUGUUGUAAAGGCGCCAAAACCAUCUUACGAAAAGUAUUAUACUGAAAACGACUACUUAGAUGAAGGUGAUCCAGACUACAACUGUUCUCAUUGUGGUGCUAUCAUGUGGUAUGGAGAACGGCUAAACAAGCGGAGAAACGCAAAGAAUCCUACAUUUUCAUUAUGUUGUAUGCAAGGACAAGUGAAAUUGCCGUUGUUGAAGGAACCACCAACAGUCUUAAAAAAUCUCUUGCAAGGAGAUGAUCCAAGAAGCAGACAUUUUCAAAAACAUAUAAGGCCCUACAAUAUGGUUUUUUCCUUCACUUCUCUUGGUGGAAGAGUAGAGAGGUCUCUGAAAAAAGGUAGAGGCCCUGAUAUGUUUCAGCUUCAAGGAGAAAAUUAUCAUUUAUUGGGUGCUGGUAUCACACCACCUGAGGGAGGUACACCAAAGUUUGGACAGCUAUAUAUAGUUGAUACGGAGAAUGAAGUUGAAAACAGAGCAAAAUGUUUAAGCCUGGGUAAACAGAAAAUUCAAGUCAAGAAAAAGGAUCAUCUCAGAAAAGAUAUUAUAGAGACUUUGAUGAAGAUGUUGAAUGAAGUCAAUCCAUAUGUUAAAAAGUUUAGAUCAGCAAGGGACCGCUUCAACACAGAUCCUGAGAACUCUUUUCAUAUGAGGAUUGUUAGUGAGAGGUUAAAGGAUGGAAGGACAUAUAACACACCCACAGCUUCAGAGGUUGCUGCGCUGAUUCCUGGAGAUUUUAGUCUUGAUAUGGACAGAAGGGAUAUUGUUCUACAAAAAAGUUCAGGAAAACUACUGAGAAUAAACGAGAUUCAUGCUUCCUAUCUUGCACUUCAGUAUCAUCUUUUGUUUACAUUUGGUGAAGAUGGAUUCAGACUUGGUAUUAAGAAAGGAGCAACAGAAAAGACGAAAAAACAAAAGAAGCCUAAUAUCAGUAUGAGGCAAUGGUUUGCUUUUCGCCUUCACGAGCGUAAGAACGAAUCUCAUUCUCUCCUACAUUCUAGAAGGCUAUUUCAGCAGUUUGUGGUGGAUGCCUUCACCACGAUUGAGUCUAAUCGUUUAAGAUAUUUGAAGAUGAACCAGCCUUCUUUGCGAUCAGAUAGCUAUGAUUCUAUUAAAGAGUCUGAGAACGCAGGAAAAGAGGAUAUGAAUCAGCAAGGAACUGAGUUUACAUUACCAGCUUCAUUCGUAGGGAGUCCUAGAUAUAUGAAGAAUUGUUACUUGGAUGCUAUGGCAAUAUGUAAGCAUUUUGGAUUCCCUGAUUUUUUCAUCACUUUCACAUGUAAUCCCAAAUGGCCAGAGAUCACAAGAUAUGUUAAGUUCCAGAAACGGGGUUUACCACAUGCUCACAUUCUCUUAUUCAUGAAGAAGUUAAAGAAGCCUACAACAGCCGAUAUUGACGACAUUAUUUCUGCAGAGAUUCCUAACAAGAAGGAAGAACCAGAACUGUAUGAGGUCGUUAAAGAUAUGAUGAUUCAUGGUCCAUGUGGAAGAGCUAAUACUAAUUCUCCAUGUAUGGAGAAUGGUCGUUGCUCUAAGUCAUAUCCUAAAUUAUUUUCUGAGAAGACCACUAUUAACAAAGAAGGUUUUCCGGUUUACAAGAGGCGUGAGCAGUCACAUAACUUUGUUAUGAAGAGUGGAGUGAGGUGUGACAAUCGGCAUGUCAUUCCUUACAACCGGAAGUUAUCUCUUCUAUACAGAGCUCAUAUCAACGUCGAGUGGUGCAACCAAGUUGGGUCUAUAAAGUAUUUAUUCAAAUACAUUAAUAAAGGACAGGACCGUGUCACAGUUGCUGUUGAACCACCAGACCACAUUGUUGCAAGUGAGUUAGGAGAUGUUGAGAUUACUAAAGAGAAUCUUGAUAAGAAAAGAAAUGAACUCAAGGAAUUCUUCGAUUGCAGAUACGUGUCAACAUGUGAAGGAACAUGGAGAGUAUUCAAAUUUCCUAUUCACUAUCGAUCAACUGCUGUUGAAAAGCUUAGUUUCCAUCUCCCCGGAAAGCAAGUUAUUACAUUCAGAAGGAAAGACAAAUUGAAAGCAGUUGUCACCCGAAAGCUCAUUGAAAAUACAAUGUUCUUAGCUUGGUUUGAGUUGAACAAGACUGACUCCUUCGCAAGAACAUUGACCUAUGCUCAGAUCCCAAGCUUCUAUACUUACAAUAAAAGGUUAAAGAAGUUCAACAGGAGGAAAUGGGGAUUUGCUUUGGGGAGGAUUAACUAUGCUCCUAGGACCCAAGAAGAUGCUUAUUACUUGCGUGUAUUGUUGAAUGUUGUCAGGGGACCCACGAGUUAUGAGGAGAUUAAAACAUACCAAGAUGUUCUCUAUCCGAGCUACAAAGAAGCAUGUUAUGCUCGUGGGUUAUUAGAUGAUGAUCAGGAGUACAUUGAUGACAUAGUAAGAAGAAGUUUUGAGAGCACAGCAAGUGAGCUACGGAAAGUGUUUGUUAUGAUGCUUAUGAGUAACACUUUAUCUAAGCCUGAGUCAGUAUGGGAAAACACUUGGAUGUUUUUAUCUGAAGAUAUUGAGCACUCUAGGAGAAGGAAUUUUAAUAGACCAGGUCUGAUGCUGAGUGAUGACGACAAAAAGAAGUAUGCUUUACUUGAGAUUGAAAAAAUCUUGAAACGAUCUGGAACUUCACUCGCAAAAUUUGAUUCUAUGCCUAAACCGCCAAAGAUAAGUGUCCACGAUGAAAAUGUCUUGGUGCUAGACGAACGCAGCUAUGAGCGUUCUGAUUUGUUAGAGACUCUUCGAAGAGAUCUGCUGAAGAUGACUUGCGAGCAAAGAAAGAUAUAUGAGGAGAUUCUUUCUGCUGUUAAUAAAGGAGAUGGUGGAAUGUUUUUUGUUAGUGGUUUUGGUGGAACAGGGAAAACUUUCCUAUGGAAAUUGCUUUCUGCAGCUAUCAGAUCCAGAGGAGAUAUUGUUCUAAACGUGGCUUCGAGCGGCAUUGCAUCACUGUUGUUGCCUGGUGGUCGGACAGCACAUUCCAGAUUCGGGAUUCCUCUAAAUCCAGACGAGUUUUCUUCAUGUACUAUGAAGCAUGGAAGUGACCAAGCUAAUUUAGUGAAAGCCUCAUCACUUAUCAUCUGGGAUGAAGCGCCUAUGAUGAGCAAGCAUUGUUUUGAGGCUUUGGAUAAAAGUUUAUCUGAUAUUGUUGGGAAACACGACACACAACCAUUUGGUGGAAAGGUUAUCGUGUUUGGUGGUGAUUUUAGGCAAGUUUUGCCUGUUAUAAAUGGUGCUGGUAGAGCUGAAAUAGUUAUGGCCUCACUUAACUCAUCCUAUCUUUGGACGCACUGCAAAGUUCUUAAGCUCUCCAAGAAUAUGAGAUUGCUAUCAGCAGGAUUGUCACCAGCAGAGGCAAAGGAUCUUCAAGAAUUUUCUGAGUGGAUAUUAAAAGUUGGUGAUGGUAAACUUUCAGAGCCUAAUGAUGGUGAGGCAGAGAUAGAAAUUCCCUCUGAAUUUUUGAUUACAGAUUGUAAUGAUCCUAUAGAAGCAAUCAGCGAAGAGAUUUAUGGCACAGCAACUUCAUUGCAUGAAAAGAAAGAUGCAAUUUUUUUUCAAGAGAGAGCUAUCCUCUGUCCAACUAACGAGGAUGUUAAUACAGUUAAUGAAUAUAUGUUGGACAAGCUAGAAGGUGAGGAAAAAAUUUAUAACAGUGCUGAUAGCAUUGAUCCCUCUGAUACAGGUGCUGUGAACAAUGAAGCUCUUAGUGCGGAUUUUCUAAACACAAUUAAGGUUCCUGGUUUACCAAACCAUAGUCUUAGACUGAAGGUUGGUUGUCCUGUUAUGGUUCUGAGAAACAUUGCACCUACUGAUGGCUUAAUGAAUGGGACAAGACUGCAGAUCACUCAGCUAAUGGAUUUUAUGGUUCAAGCUAGGAUUAUAACAGGAGAGAGGAUUGGGGAGAUAGUUGAUAUUCCUAGAUUGCUAAUAACCUCUUCUGACACCAGAUUGCCUUUUAAAAUGAGGAGAAGGCAACUGCCUCUUGCUGUGGCUUUUGCAAUCACAAUCAACAAAAGUCAAGGGCAAUCGCUAUCUAAAGUAGGUCUUUAUCUACCAAGACCUGUCUUUUCACAUGGUCAGUUAUAUGUUGCUGUUUCUAGAGUGACUUCCAAAAAGGGAUUGAAAAUUCUGAUUUUAGACGAAGAUGGCAAACCACAGAAACAAACUAAGAAUGUAGUUUUCAAAGAAGUUUUCGACAACCUUUAA